ACGCAGACCGUCGCUGUCUGCAUCUUCUCCUGCCGUGCGAGGAGUUUGUUUUUUAGCCCGAAACAAAAAAAAAAAAACCCAACAUAAAAACGCCGGAUAAGGUGUUGCUUUUUUACUCACACCAGCUUAUAUUUUCUCCCUCACGAUGACUGCAGAGAUGCGGCGCAGCAGCACGACUCCGGUCCCGAUCAAAAACAUCGAGAGGGAGCUGAUCUGCCCGAUCUGUAAGGAGCUCUUCACCCAUCCGUUGAUCCUGCCCUGCCAGCACAGCGUCUGCCACAAGUGUGUCAGGGAGCUGCUGAUGCUGAACCAUGAGGACUCCUUUGACGCCGGCUCCGAGUGCUCCAUGCCGGGCAGCCCCAGGUCCAGGGUGCCCUCCCCGUCCAUGGAGAGGCUAGACAGGCUUGUGAGAUCAGGUGGGUCUCGGGGCUCCAUCUCGUCACCGGGGUGGCGCAGAGGUUCAGUGACUCCCCGGGUCACCACCAUCCCAUGCCCGGGCUGCCAGCAUGACAUCGACCUCGGUGAGCGCGGCAUCAGCAUGUUGUUCCGUAACUUCACCCUGGAGAACAUCGUCGAGCGCUACCGCCAGGCCGCCCGCGCAGCCAUCGCCAUCAUGUGUAACAUCUGUAAGCCUCCGCAGCUGCAGGAGGCUACGAAGAGCUGUAUGGACUGCAAGGCUAGCUACUGUAACGAGUGCUUCAAGCUGCACCACCCCUGGGGCACACCCAAAGCUCAGCAUGAGUAUGUUGGUCCCACCACCAAUUUUAGGCCCAAGGUGCUCAUGUGCCCAGAGCACGAGAUGGAGAAGGUGAACAUGUACUGUGAGGUCUGCAGACGACCCGUUUGUCACCUCUGCAAGCUGGGAGGAUCCCACGCCAACCACAAAGUCACCUCCAUGAGCAGUGCCUAUAAGAUCCUCAAGGAGAAGCUGGCCAAGAGUAUCCAUUACCUCAUCAGCAAAGAGGACCAGGUCAGGACUCAGAUUACUGAUCUGGAGGUGCUCAUCAAUCAGACCGAGGAUAAUGGACAGCUAGCAGAGCGCCAAGCCAAUGAGCACUUUGAGCGUCUGUUUGAGACUCUGCAGGAGAGGAAGUCAGAGAUGCUGAAGUCCAUAGAACAGUCUAGAAGCCGACGCCUGGAUCAACUCAAGGUUCAGGUGGAGGAGUACCAGGGCAUGCUGGAGAACAGUGGCCUGGUGGGCUACGCUCAGGAGGUACUGAAGGAGACGGAUCAGUCCUGCUUCGUACAGACCGCAAAGCAGCUGCACAUCAGGAUCCAGAAGGCCACAGAGUCUCUGAGGACCUUCCACCCUGCAUCUGACCCCUGCUUUGAUGAGUUUGUGCUGGACACAUCCAGAGAAGAAACUCUGCUCAAAGAGAUGUGCUUUGGUGGAGUUCCAGACCCUCCUCUGAUUGACUUGUCCAAUAGCAGAGUCUAUAACGAGGCCUCGAUCUGCUGGAGGCUGUCUGAUGACUCCCUACCUACAGAUCACCACGUGCUUGAAUACCGAAGACUUGGGGGCCCAAGCAAGUCCCCGUCCCAGGAGGACGGUGAGGACAGUGGGGUCUGGACGGCUACAGACAGGGUGUACGGUCCCAGCGCUGUGGUGUGUGACCUGGACCCUGACAGCCUGUACUCCUUCAGGGUCAAAAGCUGCAGGAACUCCAUGUUUAGCCCCCACAGCCCUGAGGUCACCUUCCAUACACCACCUGCAACCGCUUUUGGAUUCCUGUUCAGCGACAAGUGUGGCUUCAGUACGGAUCGGCUCAUUCUAAACAAGCGCCGGGACACUGUGGAGAGCGUGGCCAGCAUGGCCUUCCUCCUGGCAGCAGAACGUGUGCAGACGGGCAGCUACAUUGGCAUAGACUACAUAAUUGGGGACACGGGCAUCUCUCAGGGAAGACACUAUUGGGCCUUCAAGGUGGAGGCGUACUCCUACAUGGUUAAAGUUGGAGUGGCCUCUGACUCAAAGCUGCUUGAAUGGUUUCACAAUCCCAGAGACACCAGCAGCCCGAGGUAUGACCAUGAUAGUGGGCAUGACAGCGGCAGUGAGGACACUUGCUAUGAGCUCUCCCAGCCCUUCACCCUCCUCACACUGGGGAUGGGAAAACUCUUCAUCCCCAAGACUUCUUCGUCCUCCACUGUCUCCAGCGCAAACGCGGCGUCUGGUGACCCUGGCAACCGUGUGCUCCCCAUGCCCCAGCGCCUGGGUGUGUGCCUAGAUUACGAUGCAUGCCGGGUGUUUUUCUACGAUGCCGACACCAUGAGGUGCCUUUAUGAGAGGCAGGUGGACUGUUCGGGAACAAUGUAUCCAGCUUUCGGGCUCAUGGGCAGCGGCAAGGUUCAACUGGAAGAGUUCAUCACCGCUAAGAGACUGACCUUCUGAGGAGAGAUGGAGAAUGUGGAUACAUUGGGAGCUGCAUCUUUGGCAUGUUCUGGGAAGAGCAGAUUUUAAUGACAGGGUGAUGGAGUACAAUCCAAAUAGAUUUAAAAAAAAAAAAAAAAAAAAAAAAAAAAAAAAAAAAAAAAAAGGUGGGGCGAGGCAGAUGUGAUCAGGGCCUUCAGUCAUAAAUGUGAAAAUGGGAGCUCUGCCACAGACUGACCUACUUACAGUUGGCAUGUAUAAUGUAUGAUCCAUCCACAAGAGAACGACGCUGAAUAGAAGUGUCCACAUACAAAGGUCUUCAGAGGUUGGUAUCUGGUAUGUCAAAGAUCUUCUCUACAUACCAAAGUCUCUAUCUGUUAACUGUAGUUGACCUGGUUUUGAUUGCCAGCUUUGAUCAGCUGUUAAUAUAGUGGAAUACGCUGCAACUAGUCUGCAGCUACUUUAAAUCUUUGUUGUUUUAACAUGAAACGCCUUUGAGCUUACACGUACACUUCCUCUUUUGCCAGGUAUAUGGUCAUAGAUUAAUUUGUGAGUGUUAAUUAUCGUGUGAUCUUUAUUUUUUGGGCUCUUCUCUGUAACUGUUUGUCUAAAAGUAGCAGCAUAGGUUUAGAUGUAAUCUUGGUGGACCUAAGAGCCUUGUAGCUACUAUAAAGCUAGCGCCUUUGUGCCUUUUUUUUUUUUUUUUUUUUUUAAGGAAAUGGGUCCCUUAGUUCGCUCUAGCUAGCAGAUAUUGGUGUCAUUGCACAAGCAUUAUGGAAAUACUAAGCAUAUAUACUGUAUGUGAGUAAUUAUUGUAGGUCGUUUCAUCGCACAUGGGUGUCAAAGUUAUAACAGUUGAUAGCAUUCACUAUACUUCCCUUUUUCCU